AUGGAUGCAUUUGUUUGGCCUGAUGGCAGUAAUUUUCAGCCUGAUGUCCCUGAAUUCAGAAGAUCAUCAGGUGGAAUUACUCCUGAAUUUUCUUGUACAGAGGAAUCACGCGAGAUAGAUUAUUUUUGUGCGUUCUUUGGUGGUUUAAUUAUGGACUUACUGUGUACCGAGACAAACAAAUUUUAUCAGUACACGUGUGAUGUUGACCUGGGCUCUGGCCCCUCGCCACACAUGCGUCGAUGGAGUGAUGUCGGAGUUGCCGAACUGUAUGUGUUUUUUGCAUUACUGAUGCUGAUGGCACAUGUGCAAAAAUAUGUACUUCAGGAGUAUUGGAUCUCUCCUGAUGACAUCACUGCAAUUCCAUUGUUUGCAAAAUUCAUGUCCAGAGACCGGCUUGCCUCCAUCCUACGUUAUAUACACUUCGUAGAUAACAACAUUCCUGUGACUGGUGACAGACUUUGGGAAAUAAGAGAAGUUUUUACAAUGCUGAAGGAACGCUUUAUGAAGUUCUUCAGACCCUUUCAAAACGUAGUGGUGGACGAGUCGCUGGUGCUUUUCAGAGGACGUGUUGUUUUUAGACAAUACAUUCCCUCCAAACGACAUCGCUUUGAGAUCAAGUUCUUUGUGCUGUGUGAAUGCGAUACUGGGCAUGUCUUAGAUCUCAUAGUUUACAUAGCAAGUGACGUAGAUAUACCCAAGGGCGACCCACAUGGUUUCUCUGGAGCCGUUGUCAAGAUACUUAUGGACCGCUACUUUGGAGGGAAUCACAUCCUCUACACGGACAAUUUUUAUACCUCGCCUGCCUUGGCCAAGUUCCUACUUGAACAUGACACAGGUUCUUGUGGAACUGUACAUAAGAACUGGUAA